GGCUAGACACAGGCAUACUCUUUACUGCCCUAAAAUUCGAACCAAAAUUUCUCUGUAAAGUUCCAAGUGGUAGCCGCAUGGGUAGCUCUUCUAAUGGCGUCGCCCCCAAGGUUGACAAGGGCGUCGAUUAUGCCAACUAUUUUUGCACCUAUGCCUUUCUUUACCACCAAAAAGAGAUGCUUUCUGAUCGUGUUCGUAUGGAUGCUUACUAUAACGCUAUUUUCGAAAACAAACAUCAUUUUAUCGGAAAGGCUGUUCUGGAUGUAGGGACAGGGAGUGGCAUAUUGGCAAUAUGGUCAGCACAAGCAGGUGCAAGGAAGGUCUAUGCAGUCGAAGCCACCAAGAUGGCAGAACAUGCACGUCAACUUGUUAAAACAAAUGGCCUUGAGCAUGUUGUUGAAGUGAUUGAGGGGUCAAUGGAAGAUAUUACUCUGCCCGAGAAGGUUGAUGUAAUCAUUUCAGAAUGGAUGGGAUACUUCCUUCUACGUGAAUCAAUGUUUGACUCAGUUAUCUGUGCUCGUGAACGCUGGCUUAACCCAAAUGGAGUCAUGUACCCAAGCCAUGCUCGAAUAUGGGUUGCACCUAUCCACUCUGGAUUAGUGGAUCAAAAGAAGAUUGAUUAUGAUAGAGCCAUGGAUGAUUGGUACCAUUUUGUCAAUGAGACUCAAACUUUUUAUGGUGUGGAUAUGAGCAGUCUGUCUAAGCCUUUUACAGAGGAACAGAGAAAAUACUAUCUAGAGACGUCAUUGUGGAACAACCUUCAUCCAAAUCAAGUAAUUGGAAAACCUGCUGUCAUAAUGGAGAUUGAUUGUUUAACAUCAAGUGUGAAUGACAUACUCAGUCUUCAGGCAAACAUCUCAUCAUCCAUUACUGCAGAAAACUCACGAUUCUGUGGGUUUGGAGGAUGGUUUGAUGUCCAUUUUCGAGGACGUAAGGAAAGUCCAGCUAAACAUGAGAUUGAGUUGACGACAGCUCCUAGUGAAGACUUCGGAACACACUGGGGGCAGCAGGUGUUCUUGUUACAUCCAUCCAUACGUGUUAGCCAAGGGGAUGAAAUGACAAUUAAUUUCUCAAUGUAUCGCUCUAAAGAAAACCAUCGGUUGUUGGAAGUUGAGUUUGGCUGUGAGCUUAGACAAUCUUCUGGGAAGUCACUUCCAUCAUUCAGCAAAAAGUUUCACAUAGAAUGAGGAACACGGCAUACUUUUUCAGAGUGUCAUGUCUAAAGGCCAAUGGGAGGAACGCAAGUGGCAUCCAAGAGUCCCUGAGAAAGAAAUUCAGCCAUUUCUGCAGCUAACUUAUGCUGUUGUACUCUGAUAUAGAGCAUGAAAAUGAGAGUAUUUGGCAAGUUCCAAGAUUUUAGAGCUUCCUUUACCUUUGUUGAUUUCUCAACUUGUCUUGCCCUAAACUCUUGUACCCUCCUCCAACAAAUUUGCCUCUUAAAUUCUUUUGCAUCGUUGUUCAUUUUUGGUUCGGGCCUGGAGACAAGGAGGUUUUCCUGGGAGUUUAGGGGUUUUCGAGCGCUUUGUUAAGUAUGCAGAAAUCACUCGUCCCCCACAGUUUGUGCGGGAAAUAUUGUAUCUAAAGCCGGAAUUACUGCUAUGUAUUCUCAUCAAUGUACUCUUGUGAAGGUGUUAGUGCUAUCUUUUCUAGCCACUUCAAUUUAGAAUAUCAA